GCUAAGUUGCUGUUCAGAUCAGUGUUCGCCGGCCCGCCUAGCUGAACUGACGUGUCGCGACCUCAAUUAAAUAUACGAACUAAAUUACGAGUCUGUAAAAAAAAAAUUAGCAAAAACAGUAUUAAUUUCUUUAAAAUUUAAUAGUACACCAACCGCUGCAUGUUAAACAUCAUAAGAAAAUUCUGCACGAUGAAACCACCGACAAAUGCGGCACUCCUCCAUGAUGUGGACAUCCCGACGAAGAAGGCGACCUUCGGAAUGGGCUGCUUCUGGUCCAAUGACUCUUUAUUCGGCGCCACGCCGGGCGUGGUGCGGACACGCGUCGGUUACUCUGGAGGCACCACAAAGAAUCCACAUUAUAGGAGCAUCGGUGACCACACUGAGGUGAUUGAGUUGGACUUCGACCCGAAGACGGUGUCGUACGAUGAUUUACUGGACAUGUUCUGGGCAAACCACGAGUACGGACUCACUACUAAACUGAAGAGACAGUAUCAAUCUAUGAUACUCUACCACGAUGAAGAACAAAGACAGGCGGCUGAAAGCUCAUACAAACAGAUGCAAGUCACUUGCAACGGCCAAUUGCGGACAGAGAUCGCUCCGGCUGGCAUCUUCUAUCCCGCAGAAGAUUAUCAUCAGAAAUACAGAUUGCAAGGUCACAAGGACCUCUGCCGCAGCAUCGGUCUGGACUCAACCAAAUUACAGACCUCACACCUUGCAGCCAGACUCAACGGGUACCUGGUGGGAGUUGGUGGGAAGACGCAGUUCGAAAAAGAGGUAGCUCAGUUGGGACUUAGUGAAAAACAAGCGGAAUACGUUAGACGUGAAUUGGAACGCAAUGAAGGAGGCGGGCUGGCCUGCUAGUUUUUUUUAAAUUUUUUAUUCAACAAAAUAAAUUAUGCACAGUAUCAGUUGUCGUAGAUACAUUUUUAAUUCUUAUAAAAAAGAUUUGUGUUUGCUAUGGAAACAAAAAGCAAAAUUGAAUUAAAAAUUUCGUGCCUAGUAUAACUAUUUUGUAAAGUUAUAUAAUAACGAGAAAGACACAUUUUUUUGUAUUAAA